AUAUAGAAGUUAGAAACAUCAAUACUAUGAAACAAAAAUAUAAUAUGACGUGUGCGACUGUGCGUGUGUUGAUUUAGGGGUAGGUCGUUAAUGUUCAAGGCCUGAGGUCCUAAGUUCGAGUCCACCGUCGUGCGAUCUUUAAAUUUAUUUAUUUUAUAAUUAGUCGAAUUCUAUAGUUUAAAAAAAAUAAAACAAAUAAAAAAGAAGAUAAAGAAAGAAUAAAAAGAAAAUACUCCAUAAUUUAUAAAUAAAUUUUCAAUUUUUAUUAGUAUAUAAUUGCCAUAAAAUUUUAAAAUCAAUUUGAACUCUUAUUUUUUUAAUCUGUAUAUAUUUUGUCAAUAGAAUUUGAAUACACAGAGGUGGUAAGUUGAAUUGAAUCGAUGGCGCAAGAGGCUUCUUCUGCAUCGUCGUCCUCUCUGACGAUGGUUGAAGUAGACGAAGAGUUGAUAUUGAACGGGUCGGAAUCUGGGUGGGUGGAGGCUCGAACUCACUGCGAACAUCUCGCUUCCUUGUCGUCCGAUCUCAUACACAUUCCGACCCCCGAUACUCCCUGCCACAGGUGUCAGCAUCCAGAUGAGAACUGGCUAUGCUUAUGCUGUAAGGAUGUUCUCUGCAGCCGAUUUGUGAACAAGCACAUGCUAGAGCAUUAUCAACAAAAAAGUCAUAAUUUGGCUUUGAGCUACAGUGAUCUUUCGGUGUGGUGUUUCUCCUGUGAUGCUUAUCUUGAUGCCCAAGUAAUACAGCCAUUACGCGCAGCUUAUGAAACUGCAUACAUAUUGAAGUUUGGCAGUGCCCCACCAUUCCGAGCAAUUGAGCCUGUGCAGAAUGUAGGUACGGAAGCAAAUGCCUCAACUGGCAAUUGAGGUGCGGUUCUAUAUUUUCCCAUAAGGCUCUGUGGAACCCUUUCACUUUUAACUGUUGAUGAUGGACGAUGCUGAAGGAAAAAAUAGAGUAUGCGAUCUGGUUGCUAGCUCCAUGUAUAUCUUAGGUUUCUUUUGGUUAUAGCAUCUCUAGUUUAAGCAGAUGCAAAUGCAAUCAGACUAAUCUAUAGAAACACCAGAAUUUCCAUCAUGGCCUCACAGCUCAUAUGCAGUACCAUUUGUUCUACGUUCA